CAGGAGAAGCCCCCAGGAUGGCCGGGAAGGACGAAAAAGAUGGGAAAGAUGGAAAGGAUGGAAGCACGGAUGGCUGGGCAGGCAUCGAGGAGCGCCUGGAGAAGAUCCGGGAAAGCCUCCGGAGCCCCUCAUCCCCGGCCUCCCGCCGCGCCCACGCCUGCGACCGCGCCCUGCGCGCCUGCGUGGCCGAGCUGGCCCGGCCCGGCGGGCUGCUAGCCCACGGCACCCAGCUGCUAGCCCUAGCCCAGGAGGCCACCCAGCUCUACCUGAGCCUGGUCCCCGAGCCCCCUCACCUGUACCUGGAGAAGAUCCUGUUCCACGUGCUCCGCAACGCCGCGGCAUGGGUGGGACCCCACGCCUGGAGCGUGGCCGAGCUGCUGCGGGCGCGGCUGCGGCGCGGCCACCGCCGCGGCGACUGGGCCACCGUCACCUCCGGCGCUUUUGCGGUCCUUUGGAGAGCUGCAGCCGCUCUAGCCGGGCCAGAGCGGCCGCGGGAGGAGGGCAGGGCGGUGCUGACGGCCAGGAUCCGCGCCCUGCGCUUCCUGCUGCUGCUGGAAUCACAGGAUGGGGAAUCCUCGCCUCGGGAAUCCUUCCAGCCGCCUUUCUUCACCUCGCAGACCGCCCAGAACGCCGCGGCCGCCGCCGCUCUCUACGAGGCUCACAGGGCUCCGUGCCCGCUCUUCCUGGCCAGGCAGCUCCAGCAAUUCCUGCUGGACACUCUAAAGGAUGAGGCUCCGCAGCCUCCGGGCCUCCGGGAUUCCCUGUGCUUCCUGGAGCUCACCCUGGAGCGCUGCCGCCACCUCUGCAAAGCCCGGCGGCCCCGCGACGCUCUGGACGCCCUGGAAGAGUCCAGAACGUUUUUGGGAGCUGGGAAUUCUCUGGGAGCCCCUCUGGAGCUGCUGGAAGCCGGGAUCCAGCUCAGCAGGGCUCUGCUGACCAAAGGUGUGGGAGCCGUGGGGCCGGCGUUGAGCCGGGCGGGAGCGGCGCUGGCGGCGGAAUGUUCCGGAAGGAUUCUGCGGGUGCUGCUGGAAAGCUCCCAGUUCGUGCUGGCGCAGCUCGGGGAGGUGCUCAGGAGGAGCCAGGAGCUGCCCCUCGGCCUCCAGGAGCUCCCUGGCAUUUGUGGAUUCUGCCAGGGCCACGGGCGGGCGCUGCGGCGGCUGCUGGCCCAGGUCCCUCCUGACUCCAUCCAGGAGCAAGUGAUGGUGAAGCAGCUGCUGUUCCACAGCCUCCAGCUCUUCUCCAACGCCAUCCACGAAAUAUUCCAGCGCUCCCAGCCCUCGGGGUGGCCGGAGCUGGCGCAGGUGACCACGAGCUGUGUCCAGAGUGUCACCUGGAUGCUGGAGGGGCUGGAGGGGCUGCCCGAGGCCGAGAGGGGCAAGUUCCUCGAUGUCACCGCUGCGACCGCCUUCCGCCUGGGCCAGGCCUUGCAGAGCCGGAACGUUCCGGAAGCGGCCGGAGCCGUGUGCGAGCCCCUGUGCCGGGCAGUGCUGGCCGGCCGCGGCUACGGCUGGCCUGGAGUCACCCCAGAGCGGCCCCACCCAAACCCCACUGUUUGUGUCUCUGAUCCCAAUGCCACUGCCAGGACCCUGCGGGACGCCCUGGAGUCCCAGUCCCGAUCGCACUGCCAGUCCCUGUCUGGGGACACCCUGCUGCUGCUGCUGCUGGCCGAGCUCCAGGCCUACAAAUCCCUGCGGGGCCCCACGGGGCCGGAGCGCUACAACGUCCUGUGCGACCUGCUGGGCCUGUGGGAUCCCGAGGGAGCCUGGGACCCCCCGGGAGCGCGGGAUCCAGCGGGGAGCCGGGACCCCCCGGGAACGCCGGACCCCGGCCGGAGCCUGCCCAGGGCGGCAGCGCUGCUGGAGCUGGGCCAGCUCCU